GCGCCGCCGCGAACACACGUUAUUACGGCCGUACGCCGCCACACGCGACGCGCGCGUUUCGAACGUAGUGCACGAUCCCGCGACCGGUUCGCCGCAGCCGAUGAGCGACCAGUGACAUCUCGAUAUCUUGUGCUGUGUGACUUGCAGUGAAACGCUCAGUGCAUUUGUGCGAGUGAUGGAUUACUGCGGAUCUUUCUUCGCCGAGUGCUGACGACCGUCGGGCCUAGAGCCGACGCGUGUGCCCCGGCGCCGGCAGCCCGGACGCGCCAGCAUGCGCGCCCCCGCGGUGCUCGUCGCCCUGCUAGGGUUUCUGCCCCAGGUGCUGACGUCUGGUUCCUUCGAACUUAGGAUAAAAAGUUUCACGAACUCGUUGGGUAGGUUAAAUAGUGGCCAGUGCUGUGAUGGUUCCUCAAAUAGUGACGCGCCGUGUUUGGCGCCGUGCAGGACUAAAUUCCGCGUGUGCCUCAAGAUUUAUCAAGCUAACAUCGACACCACGUCCCCGUGCACCUUCGGGGACAUGACCACGCCGGUCCUCGGCGGCAACUCGCUCGACGUGCCCAACCUGAACGUUGAGGGAUUCAGCAAUCCCAUCGUGUUCCCCUUCGACUUCACCUGGCCGGGCACAUUCUCGCUCAUUGUUGAAGCGUGGCAUGACACCAACGAGACAUCGAGAUCUGACGAUACAUUAAUCGCGCGGAUGACGAAGCAAAGCAUAGCGGACGUCGGUGGACCCUGGAUUGAAGAGGAGCAGCGGUGGAGUGGUCCUAGCGGGCCGCACCUCAGGAUCUCGUACCGCGUCACCUGCGCCCCCCACUACUACGGCUCUGGCUGCGAAGUCCUCUGCAGGCCGAGAGAUGACAACUUCGGCCACUACACCUGCUCGCCGGCCGGAGAGAUCGUCUGCCGAGCUGGCUGGACCGGCGAUUACUGCUCGAAACCGCGAUGCCUGCCCGGCUGCGACGCGGAGCACGGCCACUGCCUCAAGCCCGACGAGUGCAUUUGUCAUUCGGGCUGGGUGGGCGAGCUGUGCGACAAGUGCGAGCGGCACCCGGGCUGCGUGCACGGCACCUGCUCGCGCCCCUGGGACUGUAUCUGCGAGGAGGGCUGGGGCGGCCUGUUCUGCAACCAGGACCUCAACUACUGCACCAACCACCGGCCGUGUCGCAACGGCGGCACCUGCCACAACACCGGCCAGGGCAGCUACACGUGUGUCUGCCCGCCCGAGUACACCGGCGCCGACUGCGAGAAGUCGCUGCACUCGUGCGCGGUGCGGCCCUGCCUCAACGGCGGCGCGUGCGUGCCCGACGAGGGCGGCGAGCUCUCCUGCGCCUGUCCGCAGGGCUACGAGGGCGCGCGCUGCGAGGUGCGCCGGCUCACCUGCUUCGACCAGCCCUGUCGCAACGGAGGCAUCUGUGAGCCCCGGCCCGCCGGCUACGUGUGCGUGUGCCCCGUGGGGUACGCGGGCACGGACUGCGCGCUGGAGGCGGACCCCUGCGCCGCCAGCCCGUGCCGCAACGGCGCCACCUGCACGCGCGCCGGCGACGGGUUCAAGUGCACCUGCAAGGUCGGCUUCCGCGGCAACCGCUGCGAGAUCGACAUCGACGACUGCGCGGGCAUCGUGUGCGAGCACGGCGGCACCUGCGUCGACCUCGUCAACGGACAGAAGUGCCAGUGCGCGCCCGGGUUCCUCGGCCCGCGCUGCGAGACGCGCGUCAACUUCUGCCUCACCAAGCCCUGCGCCAACGGCGGCGAGUGCCUCGUGCUCGACAACGACUACGAGUGCCGCUGCCGGCCCGGAUUCGCCGGCAAGGACUGCAGCCUGGACAUCGACGAGUGUGCCUCCUCUCCGUGCCGGAACGGCGGCACGUGUCAGGACAGAGUCGACGGCUACCAUUGCAACUGUCCGCACGGCUGGGGCGGCCGCUCCUGCACCGUAUCCUUGACCGACUUGGCAGCUUCGAAACUGGCCGGAGGACAUCUCAGAAGAGUGGGCGGCGAAACGAUCGAAGACGAAAGACUAUCAGGGAAGCAAGUGGCGUGGAUCGUGGCGCUGUGCGUGUCGGUGCCGCUGAUGGCGGGCGUGGCGGCGCUGGCGAUCGUGUGCGUGCGGCGGCGACGCAAGCGGCUGCAGAGCGCCGCCGACGCAGAGGCGCGGGCGCAGAACGCGGCCAACGCGGGCGGACACGGACACGUCAUCCGCAACACCUGGGGCAAGUGCGACGCGCCCGCGCCCGAGAGCCAGAACGCGCACAACGCCGCCGCCGAGGAGUGCAAGCGCAAGACGCUCAACACGGAGAACGCCAGGCUCCUCGCCGCGCUGGACCCCAGACUGUCGCGGCUCUCCGCGGACUCCGCAUACUGCCCUAAUAGCGAUACAUCGCUAGUGAAACGGGCGCUAGAAGGCGGAGGGGUGUACGUGUUAGACGACCAUUGCCUGCCGCCGACGUUCGCCACGCAAGUGUAGUGCAUACGUACGCGACAAUGGACAUUAAAUUAUUUAUUUCACAACGGACGCUCUCGCGAACCAGGCUGUGCGCCGCGUGUACAUAUAGCGUAAAGUGUAAAGUGACUCCUGUAUAGACGGCUAGUUUAAGUAUUCGGAUGUAUUUAUUUGUGCGAUUCGUACGCCCUGUAAAUAGUAAUGGCGCGACGGAUCGCGAGCGCCCCCGAUCGGCGAGCGUCGCCCACUCGCCACAGCCGCCACCCUGCCACCCCCCAACGGACCCAUGGACGCGGGCCCGCUGCCUCUUACCAGUUACAAGUGUUGAUAAAAGGCAGCGGUUCGGCUGUGGCAGGACGGGGGCGAGACCGCGCGAGCCGAGGGGCCGUGGACCACGGUCCACAGUCUGCGAUCUCUGUAGGUAACGGUGCGCAUGCGCACGCGCAGUGUCGGUCCACUGCGCGACGGCGCCGCGACUCGCAGCGACUGUGCCGGCCCGGGCGACUGGCGACCGCGCCGCCGGGCCCGUGCCGUCCCUGCGAUUUUCACACCACUAACGCUAUCCCUCUAGACUCGCACCAGUAAGAAACCAAACCGUGCGUAAAAUAAGAUUAUUUUUUUUAGACUAAUUUAUAAAAAAAUCACGCGAAUGAUGCGUACAUCAGUUUAACAUUGAUUAUAUAUUUUUGUGAUUGACUAAUUAUUGUCAUUUGUUCCUAUGAUUAUUGUAGUGGAUGUAAAAAUCUUGUUCAGGUUUUCUUGAAAAUCGACGUAGAUUUUUUCCUUCUUCUAGCUUCUGUACUCGUUAUGUAGUUCAGUGAGCACAAUCACUCGACGUUCCUGAGCGGCGCGCGGGGGUUGCGCGGCCGUGAGUCGCGACAUGUCGCGCGUCAUGUUGCACGACUAGUCGGCAUGUCUCGCAACAUGUCGCACGUCACGCGGGGCCGCGCACCUCCCGCACAAGCCACACAAAACAUCACGCACGUUUAGUCCAUAGGUUAAAAUAAUUUCUGUACUUAUAAGAAACAAAUUGUCGAAACCUAAGUCAUUGUGUAUAAAAACUAUUAAGUUUUAGCGUUGUAAGUAUAUUCUCCAUUACAUAUAAGUACUGAGACAAUAUAAUGCGCGUCAUCAGGCAACAUAGGACACAAACUCUGGUUGUUUUAACUUAUUUAUUUUAAUAGGUACAGUUCACGAUGUUGUUUAUUCGGAUUCGACUCCGCUCCGCCGACGUUCGACUCGAUCACGAACCUCGGCCGCGCAGACGCGAAUCUCCUUUAUGAAAUAAUUUAUGUUAAAUAACAUUUUUUUAAACAUUUGUAGAUAUUAUUGCAUAAGUUAUAGCUUUACUCUUAUGUUGCCUGGUGUACUAGAACGUAGUUUAAAAAAGUUAAUCAACAAAAUUGUAAAAUUUAUAUCAAAAUAUGAAUAGACUGAUGAUCAAUAAUAAUGUUCUUGUAUUUAAUUUUGUAAGGUGACAAAAUGUAAGUUUAAAUUAUGUAAAAUUUAAAACAAAACAGUAAUAACCAAACAUUCAACUGAACAGUACCAUGAUUUUGUACUUAAACAUUGAUCACAGAAACUGUCCACUUUCAUUUUUCUUUUUGAGAAUAUUUUAGUGAUGCUCGUGCAUAAAAUAUUAUUGAUUUCCAUUCCGAACAAUAAAAUGACAGUAUUUUUAAUUUAUUUAUUACACAUUUGUAAUUAUUGUGAAAUGUCUUAAUUUUUAUAAACUAAAUCAUUGUAUUAUUAUUUUUUGAACUUAAGUUUACAAUUGACUGAAUGCUAAAUUGACUCGAUUUGUAUUUUGGACCCAUUUUUAUUGAUAUCAUGAAUGUAUUUAGCUGUACGUGUGAGUAUACUGAAAGAUAAAAUUUCAAAUCAUUCCAUUUCUUAGCUAAGUAGCUUUUAUCUAAUCUUAUUUUUUAUAUUUUUUUCUCUAUUUUCUUAGAUAAUUUUGCAUGCGAACAGUGUAUUUAUUAUCUACUUAUUCUAUUUUUCGUCCAUGAGAUAAGUUUAAUUGCCUAUUUUCUUAUAAUUACAAUGUUACCUUUUGGUAUAUUCACAUAGUUGAUUUCAAAAGAAAAAUGAAAGCUAUCCUCAAUGAUAGGGCACCGCCGCUGUCGUAAUUCCAUAGAUAGAUCCUAUCCGAAUAAUUCAUAUUGUAUUGCUAUUGUGGUGAUAACAUUGCCAGCGAGUGUGUGACGAAUGUGUAUAAUUAUGUGCAGUGAUGCAACGAGAUAAAAUGUUAAUAAACAAUUGUUUACAAAAGAUAUA